AUGGCGCUUGUGAGGCAUGGAGGGGAUAAGAAAUAUUUAUCGGGCUGUCCAACUGCUUCUCUUCACUCCUCCUCAAAUUGCAAACUUGUCAUCCUCUACUUUCUAGCUUUUGGGAGAGAUCAUGAAGGAGUGUAUUGCUUGUCGAGGAUAGGAGUCGUAGUGCACACUAAGCUAGGUGGCCGGCUGGUAGUCAUGACUGACGCCACUGCUGGUAGUGAGAAUGAUAUAUGCAAGAGACUGGAUCUUAGGCCGAACAUGGCUAAGGUUAACCGGGCUCUGAACCUCCCUACGAGGUUUCAUGAAUGGCGCUGGCUAUUAAAAAAGUAUUGGGAGAAAGCUGGUGGUCUACCCCCUGCCAAGUAUGUUGAGAGAUGGAAGCAGUAUGGUCCAUACUCGGAUGAUCUGCCCGACGAACAAGAGGAGUCCUCGAUCGAAAACCCUUUAAAGAGGAAGGCCGACACCAAGUCUUCCAAGGAUGAAGCUCAUCCACCUAACCAUCGCAAUUAG